AAAAAGGCAAUCUUGUAUAACGUUGCCCUGUAGCGAAGGACAUAAAUCGAGAAUGAUGGAAAAUGGAGAUCUAGAAAGGGGCCCUGCAGCGAAGGACAGAAAUCGGAGCUAUUAUGGCGGCGGCAGUGGCGGCGGUGGAGGAGGAGGAUAUGUGAUGGCGUAUUCUGACAGUCAGUGGACUUCAUGGCUGGUGCCGAUGAUUAUUGUGGCUAAUGUUGUCAUGUUUGUAGUGAUCAUGUUUGUCAACGAUUGUCCGAGAAAUCACAGUGGGCUUCGAGGCGAUUGUGCGGCCAGGUUUUUGGGGAGGCUCGCUUUUCAGCCCCUCAGAGAAAACCCUCUCUUCGGCCCUUCUUCCUCAACAUUGCAGAAGUUGGGAGCUCUCGACUGGAACAUGAUAGUCCACCAAAAUCAAGCUUGGAGGCUCAUUACCUGCAUCUGGCUGCAUGCUGGUGUUAUUCAUCUACUUGCAAACAUGCUGAGCCUGGUUUUCAUUGGUAUUCGCCUAGAACAGCAGUUUGGCUUUGUGAGAGUAGGGCCUAUUUAUCUGUUAUCGGGCAUUGGUGGGAGUGUACUCUCUUCCCUUUUCAUUCAGAAGAGUAUUUCCGUUGGAGCUUCUGGUGCUCUGUUUGGACUUCUUGGAGCAAUGUUGUCCGAGUUAUUUACAAACUGGACUAUCUAUUCAAACAAGAAUUUUCUUCAACGUGUUCUUUUUGAUGUCCAAUCGAAACCCAUCCGUUUUAUUGAGUGGGAUGGGAUGAUUGUUAAUUCCAAUACCUUUACGAGUGCUUUAUUUACGGUGGGAUUUGUGAUGCUGUUCAAGGGAGAAAAUGCGAACGAUAAAUGCAGUUGGUGCCAUUAUUUGAGCUGCGUGCCUACACCGAGAUGGAGCUGCGACAAUUGA